UUCAUGAAGUUUGAACCGCGUUUCAGCAGACUAUCGAAGCAAUUCAAAAAGCUUGGUUUGGUGUGGUUCAGUUUCUAUAAAGACACGUGGAAAAACAAUAAAUAUGGCGGCUGCUGCAGCUGCAAAGGUUCAAGAAGUCCGCGAAAUUACCAGGAUAGAAAGAAUUGGAGCACAUUCCCAUAUUAGAGGUUUAGGUUUAGACGACAGUUUGGAACCUCGACAUGUAUCGCAAGGAAUGGUUGGUCAGCUUAUGGCACGUAGAGCUGCUGGUGUUGUAUUAGAAAUGAUUAAAGAUGGUAAAAUAGCAGGGCGUACUAUACUACUAGCAGGGCAACCUGGUACUGGAAAGACUGCCAUUGCAAUGGGAAUGGCACAAGCUUUAGGAAUAGAUACUCCGUUUACUUCAAUGGCAGGUUCAGAAAUAUAUUCUUUAGAGAUGAGUAAAACCGAAGCCCUGACUCAAGCUAUUAGAAAAUCUAUCGGUGUUCGAAUUAAGGAAGAAACAGAAAUUAUAGAAGGUGAAGUAGUUGAAAUUCAAGUGGAUAGGCCAGCUACAGGUGUUGGUGCCAAAGUUGGUAAACUAACGCUGAAAACAACAGAAAUGGAAACAAUCUAUGAUUUAGGAAAUAAAAUGAUCGAUAGUCUAAUGAAGGAAAAGGUACAAGCAGGCGACGUAAUAACAAUCGACAAAGCCACAGGAAAGAUUAAUAGACUUGGUCGAUCAUUCACCAGAGCUCGUGAUUACGAUGCAACUGGGUCACAAACUCGUUUUGUACAAUGUCCAGAGGGUGAAUUGCAAAAACGCAAAGAAGUUGUCCAUACAGUAACGUUGCACGAAGUUGAUGUUAUAAAUAGUAGGACACAUGGAUUUUUGGCGUUAUUCUCUGGCGAUACUGGAGAAAUAAAGUCAGAAGUACGAGAUCAAAUAAACGCGAAAGUCGCCGAAUGGCGAGAAGAGGGAAAGGCUGAAAUAGUUCCAGGUGUCUUAUUCAUUGACGAGGUUCAUAUGCUCGACAUCGAAUGCUUUUCAUUCCUCAACCGGGCGCUCGAAAAUGAAAUGGCACCUGUUGUAAUUAUGGCUACAAAUAGAGGUAUUACAAGAAUCAGGGGAACAAAUUACAAAAGUCCUCAUGGGAUUCCUAUAGACUUGUUAGAUCGAAUGAUUAUCGUUCCCACAAGUCCGUACCAAGAAAAAGAAUUGAAGGAAAUUUUAAAGAUAAGGUGCGAAGAGGAGGAUUGCGAGAUGGCAGACGAUGCUUUAACAGUUCUUACCAGAAUAGCAUUAGAAACGUCAUUAAGAUACGCUAUUCAAUUAAUUACAACUGCUUCUCUUGUCAGUAGGCGAAGAAAAAGUACCGAAGUAAAUAUCGAUGACGUUAAGCGUGUUUAUUCGCUGUUUCUUGAUGAAAACAGAUCGACACAGUUUCUCAAAGAAUACCAAGAUGAUUUCCUAUUCAAUGAAAUGCUUUUAGUCCACCCUCUGGCUUGAACGAUGACUGGGCCUUUUUAUCCUUCGAUAUGAAUCCCAAACCGUAUUCAACCUUAUAAACCGG